GAUCGACAGAACGGGGAGGAGCUCUGAAACUUUGUUGCCAACAGCUGGUUCCUGCGUUUUCACCCAGUGAAAGCGGACACCGCUUCCAGUCCAGGUCUUUUGGACGUUUCUGCGUCCGUGCGCGAGAUUAACGACUUUGUGACAAUGGCGAGCUGGAAAAGUCACGUGCGUGCUCGACUGCAACUAAGAGACCACACUGAGAAACGUCCGUUUGUUGGCGUUUUCAGCAGCUUGUCUCAGCUGGAAGAACGUUUCGAAGCAAGGAAACAAUUUUUGGGAGAAGUUAAAUCUGAAAGUCAGGAACGUGGUGCAGUGGACGUUGCGAUAAACACCAGACUUCUGCAGCUCCAGCUGAAAGAGAGCGAACACUUUGCAGACAAGCUGUCUCAGACCGUCUCUGACCUGACCUCUGUUCUGUAUGUGAAAGAGGCUGAAGUGCAAUAUUGGCAGUCACGUGUGUCCCAGUAUCGUGAGGAAGCACUGACUCUGGCCAAAGGGAGCAACGGCCUGAAAGCAACCCUUGCACAACUGGACUUCACCAUUGAGUGUCAGGCCAAAGAACUGGGGGCUCUGCGUGCCGAGCGGGACAGAGUCCAGGCAGAGUUGGCUCAAGCUCGGAGAGAGAAGGACGAGCUCCUGCAACGCUGGAUGGAGGACAAGCGGGAGGAGGCCGACAGGCUGAAUAAUUACAACGACAUCCAGGAAAGGUGGCAGCGUUUAACCCAACAGCUGAGGAAGCAUCUCCAUAAGGAAGCAAAGGCCCACGUUCCCACAGUGGCCAGUGGUGCCACAGCGGCAGACGCUCCGCGUUCUCACCAGGACAUAUGCUCAGUGAAGUAGAUGCUCUUAAUGUGACUAAUCGCCAUUCACUGGUGUCCACACUAAUCCUCAGCAGCCCAUCAAGACGGAGACGUCCAAGUGAACAGAUAAUUAUCCUGAAUGCCAUGUAUUUAUGAAACCAAUGAACCAUUACUGGCAAACACUGUACUAGACUGGUGGAGGAAGACACAUUAGUAACACGUGUGAUGCACUACAAGCAGGUAGGACCUGCUUUGAAGUCCAGAACGUUUGUUUUCUAAACAUACAUAACUUUAAACAGAAAUUAUCUAAAUAACCUUUUUCAUUAAUUUUGUCUGGAAGAAAAAUACAGGUCACGUAAAUUAUCCCAAAGUUGCGUCUGCUAUUUGUACCUCAUAGGAAGAUGCUAUAAUUAACCUGGAGCUAUAAGCUUUUUUUUUAGAUUUUAAAGCUUAUGUUUUAAUGGAGAAAUAAGUAUUAAUAAUAUCUAUAUAAUAUUUUGUAUUUAAAUAUGUAUUGUUGUUUUUCUUGUUAUUCAUUAAAUGUUUUUUAAUAAAAUAAAGUCACUUAAGUUAUAAUUUU